CACAUCUAGUACUUUUGUCAUCGCUAGUGUCCGGGCUGCAAAAAGACGUAUUCAUGAAAAAAUGGAAUUAGCCAAGAAACUACAAGAAGUCGGGUGGCACCUGACGGAGGAGGGCCUUAAAGUUCUGACAACAGCGGUUGGCAGCGAAGAUACCCGGAAAAUUAUUGAUGAAGCACUGAAUCGGGAUUUGCGUGAUAUAGGAGGUGGCGCUUUGCCGACAAAACGCGAAGAUGCCACUUUGCCCGGAAAAAUUGUGUUGCAGGUGCAGAGAGUGAGGAAUAUAGCCGCCCCCAAGGCGAAUGAGGAAUCGAAGGCGGCGCCACGCCUAAUACAACUCGAUCUGAGCGACGGACAGAAUUCCAUACAGGCCCUGGAGCUGGAGCCAGUGCCCCAGCUGAAUCUCAAUGUGGCACCAGGGAGUAAGAUCUUUUUCAAGGCCGAGAAACUGCAACUGAUGCAGGGAUUCAUGCUGCUGAGAUCCACGGAGCUUCAGCUCCUCGGAGGACGUGUGGACGCUCUCUACGAGAAGUGGGAUCUUGCCCGAACCAUGUUGAGGUAUGCGCGAAGUGGUCGUCCUCUAAGUGGCACCUCAGUGCCGCCACCGUGGGUGGCAUUUGGACGGAAAAUCGAUAUCACCGCCGAGAGGGAGAGGAACUUCAAGAGCCUGGGUUCCUCGGGCGAUAAGGAUAAGCCGGUGAAGGAGAACGAUGAGUUCAAUGCCAUGCGCACCGAGGCCAUUGCCGUGGCCACCAAGGCAGGCGGCAAAAAGGUAUUCGGUGGAGGCGGUCAGAACAUCGUCGAUCACAACAUAAAGAAGAUCCUGGACAAGGGCUUCACCGAGGAGGAGGCCCGCAGUGCCUUGCAUGCCACCCGAAACAACCUGGAGCGUGCUCUUUUCAACCUAAAACGACGCAAGGAAACCGGAGGCUUGGCUCCCAUCGAAACAAUGGGUCGUCCGGGACGCGGAGAUCGGCCGCCCAGAGAGGGAAAGCGUGGCGCCAGUGCCAAGGACGAAGCUGAGGCAGCCAAGCCAGCUGCCAAUGCCACCCUGUUUGAUUUCCUCACUAACAAGCUGCCAGCUACGGAGACACCGGCGCCUAGCAUCGUAGAUUCCUUUGCCGUUGCUCCAGCCGCCCCACCCACUGCCAAUCACUUCAAUCCUUUCAAGCAAUAUGGAAACUCGAGGUUCGGCGAGGCGGACAGCCGAUCUUCAGCGCUAGGCGGAGGCGGGAAGUUUGGUGAUCGUUCGAGGUUUGAGAACAAUGUGUCGAGCAGCUUUGCCGCGCAUCGUGGUGGACAUGCGGGUUCCUCCAGAGGCGGUGGACGCAACCGAGGUGGCGGCAGGGAUGAGAGGCCGUCGCGAGACGAAAGACCCCCCAGGGAAGACAGACCACCGAGGGAAGAAAAACCGCCCAGGGAAGAGAGGCCACCCAGGGAGCGAGGAGGAGGACGUAACAAACCCGAGUCCGCGGCCUUAAAAACCUCUAACCGCAAUGGGCCAGACAACCCGAUGCCCAAAACCAACUCCGAGGUUAAAACAGAACAGGAAACAACCAAUGGUAAGGAACACGCCGGCAAUCGACGUGGCAGCGAUCGAGGCAGCAAUCGUGGAGGCUCAAACAGAGGCGAGAAUGGCAACGCCAAUGGCAGCCGGCGUAAGCAGCAGGCAGUCAGCUCUGGAUCGAAUUCAGGUAGUGCAACUGCUAAGCCGCCGAACAAUUCAGGAGAAGAUUUCAAUGCCCGUUUGAGCAAGGUAACCGAAGAGACGGCCAAUCUUAAGGUGAGCAGUGCUCCCAAGCGAGAGAAUCGACGCAAACAGGGUCAAGGACAAGCCAAGGAUCGUCAGGCGGGAACGGGAACGGCAACAGGAACCGAAAGCCAGCAGCAGCAAUCAACACAGUUGCCUUCGCAGAAGCCAGAAAAGGCUCCAAACAGCCAGAAACAUCAGAAUCAACACCAUCAACAACACCAUCACAAUCCCCGACACCAUUCGCAUGCAAACUACAGUCAAUUGGCGAAUGGCUAUACGUACGAUCCCAGCAAGAUCAUGGGUUUCCAGAGCAAGGAGGCGAACGAGUUUGCCAUGAGCCUUCUAAAAAGUCAAGGAGUGACGAUGCCCCAUCAACAGCAGCAGCAGCAGCAGGAGCAGCAGCCACCGACGACUUUUGGUCCCGUUUCAGCCCCAAUUCAUGGAAAUCCUUAUGCUCCGCCUGCCCCUGUGUCUGCGCCACAGGCUGCACCAAGGGAGCAUUUCGGGAUGACGCCUGGAGACGCUUGGAUGUGGCAGAAGGGCGACUUGUGCAUGGCCAAGUACUGGGACGAUGGCAGGUAUUAUGAGGCUGAGAUCACGGGAGUGUCGGAGAAAACUUGCGUGGUCUUUUUUAUGGGCUAUGGCAACCACGAGGAGGUGCUCAAGGUGGACAUUCUGCCCAUUACAGAUGCACAAAAUAGGCCACUGAGCAAUGCGCCCCAGCAGCAGCAACAUCAACAGCAGCAACAUCAACAUCAACAGCAGCAACAACAGUCACGCUACCGCGGAGAUCGCCAGGCGCAGCAGCAGCAAGUCUACGUACCGCCCCACAAACGAGAGCAUUGAGACAGCCUGUUUACAAACGUAUUUAAAUUAAUUGAAAUGUUUCGAAUAAACAACUUUACAGUGUAUUCAAACUUAAA